AUGCCGAAAGCUGAAAAAGGAACCCCCAAGGCCAUAGCCAAUGCUAUGAAGUCGAAAGGCUUACAACGAUUACGCUGGUACUGCCAAGUUUGCGAAAAACAAUGUAGAGAUGAGAACGGAUUCAAAUGUCACACUAUGAGUGAAGGACAUGUUCGUCAAAUGCUGGUCGUGGGCGAAAACGCUGGGAAAUAUAUCAACGAUUAUAGUGACAAUUUCAAGAAAGACUUUUUGGCUCUGUUAAGUAGAAGAUGGGGGACAAAGCGAGUACUAGCGAAUAUGGUCUAUCAAGAGUAUAUUGCGGACAAGAAUCAUCUGCACAUGAACGCUACUCAAUGGGUGACCUUGACCGAGUUUGUCAAACAGAUGGGCAGGGAAGGAGUGCUGCAUGUUGAUGAGACGGAGAAAGGUUUACACAUGGCCUGGAUUGACAACUCGCCGCAAGCCCUAUCUCGACAAGCCGCUCAUCAAGCCAAAGAACGAUCCCAGCUUGAUGAUGAACAACGGAUGCGAAAGCUGAUUGCGGAGCAGAUCCAAAAGGCGAAUCAGGAGCAAGCCGAGCGCAUGGGGACAUCCGCCGAGACAGACGAGUCUAAGCCUUCUACGAUCCCUGACCAAGAACGAGUCUUGAAGCGUGAAGAGGCCGACGGACCUCUCAAGCUCAGCUUCGGUAUCUCGACACCUGCAGCCUCUUCUCUAACGAGUUCGACAACACCGACAAGCACAACCAAUCUGCCGGCCUCAACGAGCAAAUUACCCACAAAUCCACUGAAAGGUCCAUCAACCAAUCCGCUCAAAAAACCCAACCCACUCAAACGACCUUCCACUAAUCCCCUCAAGUCACAGCCGAGUAAAGCGACCGAGAAGCCCUCAAACUCAUCGGCCACAAGCAAGCCGAAUCCGAGCAAAAUGAGCGCCCUGGAAUCAAUCAUUGCGGAAGAUGAGGCCCGCAAACGGAGGAAGGAUGAACGAACUUGGAGCGGUGCCAAUGGUCAUGGGGCCUCAGGACUGCAGAUCAAGCGAUCGUCUUGA